GUAAAGUAACUAAAGGGAUUCAAUACAUGUAGUGGAGUAAAAGUAGUAUACACUGGAAAUACUCAAGUAAAGUACAAGUACCACCUAAAGUAGUACUUAAGUACAGUACUUGAGUAAAUGUACUUCCCACGUCUGCUGUUAAGCUACUUCUUAAAUGUAGCUUGGUUUUGUGUUGACUGUAUUGUUAAUACUUAUUUCAGAGACCCAGCAGGUGAAGGAGCACUGAGAGCAGCAUGGAGGAGAACAAAGAGACUCCCAGGACUCAGAACCAGAGAGGAACACAGGGACUCAAACUUCACAGCUGUGACAUGUGUGGCAAAUCCUUCAAGAGAUCUAGAGACUUAAAGAGGCAUCAGAGGGUUCAUACUGGAGAGAAACCGUACAGCUGUGACCUGUGUGGGAAAACGUUUUCUAGAGAUAGUAACUUAAAAGUCCACAAACGCAUCCAUACUGGAGAGAAACCGUACAGCUGUGACCUGUGUGGGAAAACUUUUGCUCUUAAAUGUGCUCUUCAAGCUCACCAGUGCAUCCACACUGGAGAGAAACCCUACUCGUGUGAAACUUGUGGGAAAUUGUUCAGAUUAUUGAGUGAUUUUAGAAAACAUGAACGCACUCACACUGGAGAUAAACCCUACAGCUGUGACCAAUGUGGGAAAACAUUUUCUCAGGGUAGUAACCUUAAAUCCCACCAACGCACUCACACUGGAGUGAAACCGUACUGGUGUGACGAGUGA